AUGGAACGGGUGGAGGUGAAGGUGGAAAAGAAGGAUUACAUCGUACGUGGCGGUGGCGGUGUUGCUGCGUCUUCUUUUUCUUCUUCCUCCUCGUCGCCGCCGCCGAUGCCGAUGGAGGGUCUGCACGAGGUGGGCCCACCUCCGUUCUUGAUUAAGACCUUCGAGAUGGUGGAGGAUCCGUCGACGGACGUCGUGAUCUCGUGGAGCAAGGCCAAGAACAGCUUUAUCGUGUGGGAUUCUCAUAAAUUCGCCACGAAUUUGCUGCCCAAAUAUUUCAAGCACGGCAAUUUUUCCAGCUUCGUCCGGCAGCUCAAUACAUAUGGUUUUAGAAAAGUGGACCCCGACAGAUGGGAAUUCGCGAACGAGGGAUUUCUGGCUGGACAGAAGCAUCUCCUCAAAACCAUCAAACGGAAGCGAAACAUUGUGCAGGGCCCGAACCCCCAAAACAUAGGCCCGUGCCUUGAGCUGGGCCACUAUGGAAUUGAAGAGGAGCUCGAGAGAUUAAGACGUGACCGGAAUUUGCUAAUGUCUGAGAUCGUCAAGCUCAAACAGCAGCAGCAGAGAUCGAGGGCUCGGGUAAUGGAGAUGGAAGAGAGAAUAGUGGCCACCGAGAAGAAACAACAGCAGAUGAUGAGUUUCAUUGCGAAGGCCUUUAGGAGCCCGUCAUUCGUUCAACAAUAUGUGGAUAAAUACAAGGACAUGAAGCACAUUGAGAUCGGGCAGAAGAGAAGGCUCACAAUGAGCCCGGGAGUCGAGGAUUUUCAAGAAGACGUGAAUGUGUCCACUAGCGCUGGCGGGCCUCUGGACUAUGUGGGCCUGGAUGAAGUUAGGCUUGAGGAUAUUGAAGUGAAGGUUGAUGAUCUGUUAACGGCCGGGGUUGAUGGCACUUCGAGCAUUGACUUGAAGAGCACAGUGACUUCUACUAGUGAGAAUGAGUUGAAUAAUGUGACAAAUAUAUGGGAGGAGUUCUUGAAUGAUGGUGUCACAGAUGAGACUGAUGAUGUGGAGGUUGAAGAAUUGGUGGCUAAGGUGCCUGAUUGGGAUGUGCAACUUUACUGCAGUUGA